CACUCCCACAAACACACAGAGUCUCCUCACAGCAGCAUCACUACAGCAGCACAGGGUUCAACUCACAGGUGCUUCUCUCCUCUGCUCUGUACGCAAAUGCAUCUUUACUUCACUUUGUGGUGAAAUUAAGAGGUCCGGCUCAGUCCACGGAGGAGGAUUUCAACAUACUCACCCGAAGGAUUAACGAGAUUUGUACUUGGAGGAUGUGUGGCAUGGAUGUGGACCUGGACGACGGUGGUUCAGGCGAGGAGGAGAAAGAAGAGGAGUUCUGGAUCGGGGAGGGAGUGAAGAUGCUGCCCCCUCCCGUGGCCCACAGUGGGGGCAGUGCAUGGGGCAGCCGCAGGGGCAGGUGCGGUUGUGUGACGUGUGGGGCUGCGCUCAUCUUCUGGAACCUGUGUGUCAUCCUAGCCAGCGCUCUGCUCCUGGCCCUGGUCUUCUCUCUGGUCCUGCUGCCUGCAGUGCUGCUGCUCUACGUCGGUUUCCUCUGCCACUCCAGGGUCCUUGACGCCCCGUCUGCCAUCUGCCGUUACCUUGACGACAACAGCUGCUCCGCCCUCAUCAUCCUGGGCUUUGUGAUGAUGUCGCCGCUCGUGGUCGUGGCAGCCGCCGUCUUCUGCGGGCUGCUCCGAAGGUUUCGACUCCUGCUUCUCAUUCAGCCAAUCUCACGUGCUUGGUACCGAGGGCGGCUGCUGGACUGGGCGGGCAACGUCCACGCCUGGGUCUGAUUGAGACAAAACAGCGAGGUGCUGAGGGUCAGAUAUGCUAACAGGCAGAGGACAUCAGAAAGUUAGAUCACGUAAAAUCAACCCGAGAGUAGCCUGGGGAGACACAGUAACAGAAACAAUAUACAACAAUAUAGCCAAUACAAAUACGCUACAGUAAAUUCUCCUAUCAGUUUUGUCAAGAUUUUUUAAUGCUGACCAGCUCACUAACACCUGAUAUCUCCUUUGUUUAAUCUGUACAAAAACCAAAGAUGUAACAUGUAAAAAUGAUAAGAUGUCACUGUAACAAGGAUGCAUUGUAGGAACUAGACGUAUGACUCAACAAUGGCGCCCACUGACUUCUUGAUUGAAAAGUGCUUGCUGAGCACACAAACCAAAAAUGUUUUCUGGCUUCCAGGCGUGGCUCUGCAUUGUGUGGCCCACUGCACAUGCCAACGUCUGCAUGCUCCUGAUUGGCCUAUAGAUUUUACUUUGGGAUCACGUCACACAACUUCAGUGGGUUUUAUGGACUAUUUCUUGACUGGUGGUAGUAACUUCCCUGACUUUCCCCUGGUUAUUUUUAUGCCUUGGUUUUUGUACAGAUUAAACAAAUGAGACAUAUCUUCAGAGGCACUGGCUUGUUCCCACAGAGCAGAGCCAGCCUAGCUAUUUCCAUUUUCACUCUGAUUUUCAUGCUAAGCUAAGCUAAUCGCUUCGAGGCUCUAUCCUUAUUUUUAACAAAAUAUUGUUAAUAUUGUUAUUGUUCUUCUCAUAGAACUCUCAGAAAGACAUGAAAUAAAUAUGUUUUUCAUGGCCAAAUCAUGUAGUGGAUUGCGUAUUGAAAGGUGUCUCAAUUAUCUUGUCUACCCCCCCAUAUUUAAGGUCAUUUCCUGACUUGAGAACAAGGAAAUAAGAUUGCGCUUUUGUUCCUUAUAGCAAUUUCCAUCUCAGUUUGAUUUGUCUUUAUUUUAAAAAGUAAUUUUUGGUGAUUUGUGGAGUGACGUGUUUGUAUUUUAAUCUCACCUACACAGAUCACAAAACUCAUUUAAUCUGAGGGAUCAAAAUGUGCCUUGAGAGGCCUCUCAAAUCGUUUCAAUAAAUGAUUGAAUCAAUUUUGAAAAAUGAAGGAUAAGGGUAAAAUUUUUUCCUUGCAAGGAAAACUCAAAGGAAGUUUUCAAAUAACUAGCAGGAAUUUGAAGAGAGUAACACAUCACAAACUUGUGUAUUACAUUUAAAAAAACCACAGACAACUGACGCCCAGCAGUGCUUCUCUCCUCAGUGC